AUGGCAACCGUGUUAACAGUCGAAAACAGCCUGGAGGGACGUCUGCUGUUUGCAGUACCAAAGAAGGGCCGCCUCCAGGGCCCAUGUCUUAACCUGCUCGAGGGUGCCGACAUCCAGUUCCGGCGGGAGAGCCGUCUCGACAUCGCGCUGGUCAAGAACCUCCCCAUAGCGCUCAUCUUCCUGCCGGCCGCCGACAUCCCUACAUUUGUGGGCGAGGGCCGCGUCGACCUGGGCAUCACGGGCACCGACCAGGUCCAGGAGCACGACGCCGGCGUCAGGUCCGUCAACCGCGCCCGCCGCGGCUCCACCAGCACCUUCAACCCGGCCGAGGAGGGCAAGCCGAGGGGUUGCGAGACCGUCAUGGACCUCGGCUUCGGCGGCUGCAGGCUCCAGGUCCAGGUUCCCCAAAAGGGCGCCUUCGCCUCGUCCGCCGACUUGGUCGGCAAGAACAUCGGUACCAGCUUCGUCCACCUUGCCGAGGAGUACUUUGCCCGCCUGGAGCAGGAGAAGGAUGCCGCCACCAACGGGGGUGAGGCUCCUGCCCCGGGUUCGAGGAAGCUGCGCACCAACAUCAUCGAGCUCAGCGGGAGUGUCGAGGCUGCUUGUGCUCUGGGCGUUGCCGACGGCAUUGUCGAUCUUGUUGAGUCGGGCGAGACCAUGAGGGCAGCCGGACUCAAGGCCAUCGACACGGUCGUCGACUCGUCUGCCAUCCUGAUCAAGUCCAAGUCGCCCAGCAACCCGGAGCUGGUGGAGCUGAUCGCGUCCCGCAUCAGGGGUGUCAUCACGGCGCAGAAGUACAUCCUGUGCCAGUACAACAUCGAGCGCUCCAAGCUGGCCGCCGCCACCGCCAUCACGCCCGGCAAGCGCGCCCCCACCAUCACCAACAUCGACCAGGAGGGCGCCGUCGCCGUCAGCUCCAUGGUCGAGAAGAAGAAGAUGGCCAUCGUCAUGGACGAGCUCACCAAGAUUGGCGCCACGGAUAUUCUGUGCCUUUCAAUCCAGAACGCGAGGAGCAACUGAGCAUAUUGUGUUUGUGUGUGUAAAUAUAUAGAAAGAAUAUACAUAUAACCUGGUCAUCAAAUGUAGCGGGUGGGGGCGAUGGUAUAUUGUGGUUUGCGAGCGAAAAAUGAUUUGGUCGGCGGGAAAAUACAAUAUUUUUUUUUGAUCAACUACCCACGAUCAUUAUGAAAUGGAACUCAUAUACAGCACGA